GAUUUUGACACACCUGACAAGAUGAGAAGCAGGAUCCCGGUUAUUCUCCUUGCCUGUGGCUCCUUUAACCCUAUCACAAAUACCCACCUGCACAUGUUUGAGCUGGCUAGAGAUCAUCUUCAUCAAACAGGAAGAUACCAGGUGAUUAAAGGCAUACUUUCCCCGGUGAAUGAUGGUUAUGGAAAGAAAGAUCUGGCAGCAGCAAAACACCGAAUAGCCAUGGCCCGGCUGGCUUUACAGACGUCUGACUGGAUUCGAGUGGAUACGUGGGAGAGUGAACAGGAGACUUGGACCGAGACUGUGAACGUGUUGAGGCACCAUCAUGAUGAAUUGCUCAGAUCACCCCCUAGGAAGGAAGGGGCAAAGUCUGGGAAGGCCUCCUGGAGGAGUCCAGCUGUUGUACCUGAGCUAAAAUUUCUAUGCGGAGCGGAUCUACUAAAGACAUUUCAGACCCCUAAUGUCUGGAAAAGUGAACAUAUUCAAGAAAUAGUGGAAAGGUUUGGUAUAGUGUGCCUCAACCGGCCAGGGUACGAUCCCCUCCGGUACAUCUCUGAAUCCGCUCUUUUAACUAGGUAUCAGCAUAAUAUCCACCUGGUUGAAGAUUGGAAGCAAAGUGAAACUAGCGCCACGCAAAUACGACAGGCCAUACGCCAGGGAAAAAGUGUGAAAUACCUGGUUCCAGACUCAGUUAUUGCCUACAUUAAGGAGCAUAAUGUCUACCCAGAAGAGUAAAUAGAGAAAGAAAAGGAAAUGCUUAGCACAUGCUUUUAAAAAGCACAAUAUGGUGAAAAAUACAGUUGAUGGUUAGUGAUCAUCCUAUAUUAUCCUUUGCCUCUCCGAGAUAGGGGUUAAGAACUUCUGGUUUUUGCAGAAGUUUCUGAAGUCAUUUAAAGACUACAUAUGUGAAU